AAACUCUCCAAAAUGAGCUAACAAGUCGCCGUCCCACAGCGGGCCAUCUUUUCAACUACAUGGUAGUUAACAUUCACGUGGACCAGUUGGAGUUAAUGGCACAGCAUCUCCUGACAUAUUUGCCUCGCUCAUUUGCCAGAUGAAGUUGGUUUUAUAAGUCCCAGUUUGAUUUAUAUUAGGAAUUACAUGAUGGGAAGCAUGGAGGCAUCAUUUCAUUUGAUCGUCAUCUUUAUGACUGUUCAUAUGAUCCACUGCCAAACAGUCUGCAACAGAGAUGCUCCACUCAAAUGGCACCUUCAACAACACACAAUCCAAAUGAACUGGAGUCUCAUGGGAAACAUUUGUGGCAGUCUUUCAGAGUGUUUCCACCCUCAUGGAGGCGAGGAGUCAACCAGGCAGUCUUUUAACUUCCCACAAAUGUGCCCACUCCAGCUGCAGCACGGCGACAAACUGCUGAUGUCUGUGGAUGAAACGCUAAAGUCCUACGGCGUCCAGCUACUCAACGUGUCAAGAGAAAACUUUGAAAACUGUUCCACCAAAGGAGACCUUAACAAACAGCUUCUUUUCCCCCACAAUCUAAAUGAAAGCGAGCAACUGGAGGCCAAGUGGCUCGUCCCGGGUCAUCAUUAUUUCAUCGCUUUGCAUGACGGAGACGUGCAGCUGUGCAAGCUGGGGUUGAGGCUGAAUGUGUUGGUUAAAACACAGCUCUGUCAGGCCUCUCCUCUGCUGCGACUUUGUUCGGGGAACGGGAUUUGUCAGACGUCCCUCUGGGAAGGUGCAUACCACUGUCAAUGCCACCACCACUACUCUGGGAGGUUUUGUGAAAAGUCUGAUGUGUGUUUGGAUAACCCUUGUGAAAACAAAGGAGUGUGUUUGAGCAAUGGAUCUACAGAUCCAACCCACAGAACAUAUAAAUGUCUGUGCCCUCCACAUUUUACAGGGGUGAACUGCUCCGAAGUCAUUGGUAAAGAAAACUGUGACAGAAUUUGUGAGAAUGGGAGAUGUGUUCCAGCAUCGACUGGCUCCUUCAAAUGCAUCUGUGACACAGGAUCCUCAGGCCCACCUUGUGAGAAGAGAAGAGCGCCUUGUGAUCCAAAUCCGUGCAGAAAUGGUGGCACAUGUGAGGAAAACCUCAAAGGAUUUAUUUGCCAUUGUCCAGAAGGAUUCACAGGCCUCAACUGCGACUCUCCAGUUGACUUGGAUUGCAUGUUGUACGCAUGUCAAGAGGAACAAAUUUGCACUGCAGGGGAGCAUGACUCCGAGUGCGUCUGUGCAGAUGGGACCAUGGCCCCGAUGUGCAGGAGGCAGCAGAACCUGUGCAGCCCAUCACCGUGUCUGAACAAUGCCACCUGUGUGUCCAGGGGAAAUGAUUAUGUAUGCAGAUGUCUGAGAGGCUUUUCCGGGAAGAAUUGUGAAGAAAUAAUUGACUACUGCAGGCUGCUCAAUAUCAACUGCCUAAAUGAGGGAUUGUGCUUGAGGGUAAUUGGCGGAUAUCAGUGUGUUUGUGCCCCCGGAUGGAUUGGAGAAUUUUGUCAGUAUGUAGGUGAUGCCUGCCUGAUGAAUCCCAACAGCUGCUUGAAUGGAGCCACAUGCAUUACAACGAGUCAGCCUUCCUCUCCCCCGCAAUUCACCUGCAAGUGCCCCCUCGGCUUCGCAGGAACAAACUGUGAGAUUGACAUCAACGAGUGUGACUCCAGCCCGUGCCAGCACAACGGAACAUGCUCUGACCUGCAUGGACACUACGAAUGCCAAUGUCCCACAGGUUUCAAGGGAAAGAACUGUGAAGUCGACAUAGAUGCCUGUGCUCUUCCCAACAACACAUGUCCUCAGAAUACUCAGUGUUUGGAUCUGCCUGCUGGCCUUGAAUUCACCUGCCGUGCACCCUGCCCUCAAAACCUUCAACCCUGUGCCAACGGAGGACACUGCGUGUUGAAUAAUGCCAGCAGCUACACCUGCAUCUGUGCACGGGGAUGGAGCGGUCAGAACUGCCGUAUAAAUGUCAAUGAUUGUGCUCAACAUUGGUGUCAAAAUGGAGCUACGUGUGUGGACGAGAUUGACGGUUACAGCUGCCUUUGUCCCAGAGGAUACACAGGCGUCUACUGCGAAGAGGACGUUGAUUUCUGUGUUGGUCACCGCUGUUCUGAGCACGGUGUUUGUGUGGACCAGCGGUAUAACUUCACCUGCCGCUGCAUGCUCGGAUAUGAAGGAUCGCUCUGUGAACUGGAAACAAAUGAGUGCAACAGCUUCCCCUGCGCGGGCGGUGCCACCUGUGUGGACCUAAUCAGUGAUUAUCGGUGCCACUGUCCCGCGGGGUUUGAGGGAAGGACCUGCUCUGUGAAUGUAAAUGAUUGCUGGUCUCUGCCUUGUCUAAAUGGAGGCUCGUGUAUAGAUCUGAUAAAUGAAUACAUUUGUCACUGUCCACUGGGGUUCAAGGGGAAGGAUUGCUCUGUGGACAUUGACCUUUGCUCAUUCGGACUGUGCAGUGAAAACACAUUAAUAUGCUAUGAGACCAAGGAUGGGCAGAAUGUUUCUUGUACAUGCAAACGUGGGUUUGCAGGGUCAUUUUGUGAAGUAAAUCUCGAUGAGUGCGAGUCAAAGCCAUGCCAGAACGGCGGUGUUUGCGUGGAUGGGAUUGACCUGUACCAGUGCUUCUGCUUGGAGGGCUUCGGGGGGCAGAACUGUGAAAUCAACUAUGAUGAAUGUGUCCACGGAUACUGCGCCAAUAACUCCACAUGUAUUGACCUGGUUGCAGGCUACGAGUGUAUCUGUCCUUCAGGCUUUUCUGGUAAGAAUUGUUCCACGCCCAUCACUGAAUGUGCAUCAAACAUCGACUUCUGCAAGAAUGGAGGAACCUGCUCCCAAAACCCAGCAGGCAAAAUGCUCUGUAUUUGCCCUCCAGGAUACCGAGGCGAUGACUGCUCCUCAUCUGUGAACCUCUGUGUAUCAAAUCCCUGCGACCCCGAGGGGACCCUUCUCUGUGAAGAGCUGGCAAAUACUUAUAGAUGUGUGUGUCAACAUGGCUACACUGGGUCACACUGCAAAACACCCAUAAAGCAGUGUGUUGAUGGUCUGUGUCUACACGGUUCAGCGUGUGUGGACUUAUCAAGAGGGUUCAAGUGUGAUUGUUUACCAGGUUUUACAGGGCAGUUUUGUGAGAUAAACAUUGAUGAUUGUGAAGAAAAGCCGUGUGGAGUCCUGAGCAUUUGUAAAGACGCCCUCAAUGGCUACAAUUGCUUCUGUGCUCCUGGAUUUAUUGGAAAUAGCUGCGAGACUGAAGUGAAUGAAUGUCUCAGCCAGCCUUGUGGAAAUGGAGGCUCCUGCAUUGAUGAGCUCAACUCAUUUAGCUGCCAGUGUCCUCUCGGGAUAACAGGAGCCUUGUGUGAAGUCAACAUUGACGAGUGCAUAUCCUCUCCAUGUCUGCACAACUCCACAUGUGUUGACCUUGUUCAUGGCUACAGAUGUGUUUGUAGGCCUGGCUUUACAGGUACAAAGUGCGAGCUUGACAUUGAUGAGUGUGCCUCAUCUCCCUGCAAGAACGGAGCCACUUGCAUUGACCAGCCCGGUAAUUACUUCUGCCAAUGUGUGGCUCCAUUUAAAGGUCAUAAUUGUGAGUUCCUACCCUGCGAGGCCAGUAAUCCAUGCGAGAACGGUGCCGUGUGUGUGGAGGAGAUGGAUCAGGACCAUUUCCCUUUAGGUUUCCGCUGUCACUGUCGCCGGGGCUUCACCGGCCCCCGCUGUGAAAUCAAUGUGGAUGAGUGCAGCUCCAGCCCCUGUAUUCACGGCUUCUGCUAUGAUGUUGUCGACGGCUUUUACUGCCUCUGCAAUCCCGGAUACGCUGGGCCGAGAUGUGAGCAAGACAUAGAUGACUGUGUGAACAGUUUGUGCAGCUCCAACUCAGUGUGCAAGGACCUCCAUCUGAGUUAUGAGUGUGUGUGUCACUCCGGCUGGGAGGGGGAGUUCUGCCAACAAGAAAUUGAUGAAUGUUUAUCACAGCCCUGCAAAAACAACGCCACCUGCACAGACCUUCUCAACGGCUACAAGUGUCUGUGCUCGCCAGGCUGGACAGGUGUGGACUGUGCAGAGGAUGUGAAUGAGUGUGAUUCUGGGCCCUGUCUAAAUGGAGCUCAGUGUCAGGAGUCAGACGUACCUGGGGAGUUCUCCUGCACCUGUCCCCCCUUCUUCAGCGGGCCCUUGUGCAACCAGCCUUAUGACCCGUGUGACCCCCUCCACAAUCCCUGCCUGAACAACUCCACCUGCCUGACACGCUCCAAUGGAACAGCCUUCUGCAGAUGCCCAGCUGGAUUUGAAGGAAGUCGGUGUGAAAUUGACACCAAUGAGUGCAGCUCAAAUCCAUGCCAGAACCAGGGCCACUGUGUGGACCAGGUCAACAGUUACAGCUGUGAUUGUAAGAUGGGAUUUUCAGGCCUUCACUGUGAAGAAGACAUCAAUGAGUGUGCCUCUAGCCCCUGCCUCAACGCUGCUAUUUGUCGAGACCAAGUGAACAAGUUCCACUGUGUUUGCCCUCCUGGUUAUUUUGGAACGCUGUGUGACCUGGAUGUGAAUGAGUGCGAAGUUUCACCUUGCCUACACGAGGGCAUCUGUAUCAACACGCCCGGGGGCUUCGAGUGCGUCUGUCGUCCUGGAUACUCAGGAGCACGCUGUGACAUUGACAUCAACGAGUGUGUUUCCCACCCAUGCCAAAAUAGUGGGAGAUGUAUUGAUGCCCUUAAUCGAUACCACUGCUUGUGUCCUGUUGGCUUCACUGGGCUCCACUGUGAAACCAACAUCGAUGAGUGCAUGUCAGCGCCUUGUCUUCAUGGGAGCUGCAAGGAUGGAAUAUAUUCCUUCUCCUGUCUCUGUGAACCUGGAUGGAGCGGCAGAAGAUGUGAAACAAACAUUGAUGACUGUGCAUCUAGCCCCUGUUUACAUGGAGGCUCAUGUGUGGACCUCAUCGAUAAAUACGCAUGCUUUUGUCAGGAUGGUUACACCGGCAAAACUUGUGAGACUGAUAUAGACGUCUGCAAAAAAGCUGCUUUUAAUGUGUCACUAUGUUUCAAUGGAGCCACCUGCAUCGACGGUAAAGGACCGAACUUUACAUGCAGCUGUCCACCAGGUUUCACCGGGGACUUCUGUGAAGUGGAUGUUAACGAAUGCUGCUCAGCGCCCUGCCACAAUGGAGCCAUUUGCCAAGAUCUUAUUAAUAGCUACGUCUGCCACUGCAGGUCAGGUUGGACAGGCCUUCACUGUGAGGAUGACAUUAAUGAGUGCCUCCCUCAGCCCUGCAACCAGGGGAUCUGCAUUCAGAAUGAUCCGGGCUACGGCUACACCUGUUUCUGUCGUCCUGGAUUUGUGGGCAGGAACUGCGAGCACAACUAUGACGAUUGCCUGUUGAAUCCGUGUCCAGAAGCGUUUUCCUGUGUAGAUGGCAUCAACAAGGUCAGCUGCCUCCCUCCCGCUACACACGCUGUUCCCUUGACACCCAUGCUCAAGAACAUCACUCGCGGCCCCACACCGAGAGCGCCAACGCCAACACUCAGCCCGGCACAGACAGCUGAGCAAUCUGCAGAUUCGAGCUUUGUUCAGUACUAUGGGAAUUCCUACCUGGAGUAUGAAGGAGUUGAACUGAGUGAACUCAACAAUAUCACUGUGAGAUUUCAGACAGAAGCUGAACAAGGAACUCUGCUUUAUGUGGACCAAGGACCUUCAAACUCUGAUUUCUUCUUCAUGAAACUCUACAUUCUGGAUGGAGUCUUGCAGUACGCCUUCAGCUGUAAUGAGGAGGAAGAAAUUAAAGAGAUCAUCACAUCAAUUCGUGUUGACGAUGGCAGCGCUCACAUUGUGAACAUCAGACAACAUCUGACCCCAUGUGAAGCACAGCUCACUCUCUCUGGUUAUGAGAAAAUCAACAGCACAGCAAGCAAUUACUGGUUGGGACACAUGAUAAAAAGAACAAACCAUGUCUUCACAGGCGGUCUGCCACAGCACUAUCGACCCAAUCAGAGAGCGAGACCUUUCCACAACUACACCGGCUGCAUUGAAAUCAUUGAGAUGAAUAAACGGAGGAGCUUUUACACAUCUGAUGCGAUUGCUGGAAGCAACGUCAGCCAAUGCAGAUAUAGUUUGUAUACCAUGGAAGUCUCCUCACUUCUUUCCUCAAGUUUGACAACAUCAUCAACCGCCGCCAACGCUGUGAACAAGACAACAAUGGCAGCUCCCACACACACUCCAAAACAGCAUCUGCCAGAACCUCAGCUCUGCCAUGAGGGUCUUUGCCGAAACGGAGGAACAUGUCAUCAGCUGCAGAUGUCUGCUGGAGCUGUGCCGUCCUGUCACUGCCCGCUUCACUUUACUGGAACGUUCUGUGAAAAAGACAGCACUGUUUACAUCCCCUCAUUUGAUGGCACAUCUUACUUGGAGCUGCAGCCACUUGCAUCAUUUCUCCGACCUGCUGGUGCCAGAAAUGAUCUACCUGUUCCUGUCAAGGACACCACUGUUACUCUCUAUUUGACGGUGAAAACAAGAUCAACACAGGGCACCAUCCUCUACACUCAGGAGCACAACUUUGGGGAGCAGUUCCUUCAUGUGUUCCUUCAGGACGGAUGUCUGGUGUCUAAACUGGGAUGUGGUGGCAGUCAUGUUCUGAAUGUAGCUUCAGUCCAGAGCAUCAAUAAUAACAGAUGGACGUCUGUCACUAUCAGAUACAAUCUGCCUGUUGGCAAACAAGGAGGGUCAUGUAUGAUUGAAAUGGCAGCAGAUAAUGGCACAGCUCAGCAGCUCCAGGAGUUCGUGUCGCAGCCUGUGUCAGAGGGAUCCUUUGGACCCAUAUUUCUCGGGGAUGUUUCGUCCCACUGGGAGGUGCACAAUGGGACUACUAAGGGAGCGAGGAGAUUCAUUGGAUGUAUCAAAGAACUUCAGGUCAACUCAAAGGAGAUUUACCUGAUUGGUGAGGCGGUGAGAGGGAGAAACAUCAAGAACUGUGACCCGCCUGUCUGCCAGCACCUUCCCUGUAGGAACGGAGGAACCUGUAUCAGCGAUGCUGACGACUGGUUCUGUGAGUGCCCGCCGCUCUACACAGGCCGGCUGUGCCAGUUCAACGCCUGCGAGCGCAACCCCUGCGGUCACGGAGCCACAUGCAUACCAAAGUCGCCGCUGGAGGCUGUGUGUCUUUGCCCUUAUGGACGACAAGGUCUGCUGUGUGAUGAACCAAUCAAUAUAACUCGUGCCAGGUUCAGUGGAACGGAUGAGUUUGGUUACACCUCCUUUGUGGCUUACUCCUUCAUCCCGAGCCUCAGCUUCUUCUACGAGUUCAAGCUGAAGUUCACCCUCGCCAAUAAUUCAUCCGCUGUGAAAGACAACCUGAUGCUGUUCGCUGGGCAUAAAGGACAAGGGAAUGAUGGCGAUGACUUCUUUGUUUUGGGGUUAAGAAAUGGCCGAGUUUUGCACAAGUUCAACCUAGGAUCAGGUGUAGCAACGAUCGUCAGCGAUCGACUGAACUCACGGAUCAGCAUUCACACGGUUAUCUUUGGACGGUCCAAGAAAACAGGAUGGCUUAAGGUUGAUGGACAACGCAACAGAACAGGAUCAUCUCCAGGACCCCUGGUGGGUCUCAAUGUUUUUAACCAGCUCUUUGUGGGAGGAUAUAAUGAGUACACCCCUGAACUACUGCCACUUGGCUCCAGGUUCCGCUAUGGCUUUCAGGGGUGCAUUUUUGAUGUGCAGUUUUCCACAAGGAGAGACAGAAAGUUCCAGGUCCUGGGAGGGCCUGCAGGACAUGUGGCCUUCGGGCGCAGCGUGGGUCAGUGUGGAGUCACGCCGUGUGAUCAUGUUCACUGCAGAAACGGAGGGACGUGUGUGGACUCAGGCUCGUCUGUGUAUUGCCAGUGCCCAUUAGGAUGGAAGGGAGCACUCUGCUCUGAGACCGUGUCUGUGUGUGAUGUGGAGCACAGUCCCCCUCCUCUGUGUGCCCUCGGCUCCACCUGCAUCCCUCUGCCUGACGGUUACACCUGCCACUGCCCCCUGGGGAGAGCCGGACUCUACUGUGAGAAAGCUGUGAGCAUCAGUGAUCCCUUCUUCAGCGGUAACCAGUCUUCAUGGAUGUCGUUUCCUCCUAUGAGUAUCAGACAUAGGACUGUGGUACAGCUGCAGUUCCAGCCUUUGUCACCAGAUGGCAUCCUCGUCUAUACUGCACAGCAUCUCAGUGCCAGAGCAGGAGACUUUUUCUGCCUCUCCCUUACCUCUGGAUUUGUGCAGCUGCGAUACAACCUCGGUGAUGGUGUCCACGUCCUGCAGUCUGUAAAUAAAGUUGACACCCGUGCGAGAACCUGGCACACGCUAAAAGCUGGCCGUUUUGGUCACCAAGGCUUCCUCAGUCUGGAUAAUAAAGAGGUCAGAGAGAACAGGACAGAAGGGAUGACCACCUUGGAUGUCACUACAGACAUUUUUAUCGGCGGUGUGUCCACUCUGAGCUUGGUGUCCACAGAAGCAACAGAACGGGAGCCGACCAGUUUCACUGGGGGUAUGAGAGAACUCAUAAUCAAUGGUCAGGACUUAGAGUUGACAGAGACAGGGGCUGUAAGUGGAGCUAAUAUAGGGGACUGGGACGGGACUGCAUGUGGGUAUAAAGUGUGCAAAAACAGAGGGCGCUGCUUGCCCCUAGGAGGAAACUCAUUCUCAUGUGUUUGUCAGAUGCCAUGGAUCGGCUCUGUGUGCAACGAGUCUAUAAGCUGUGUGGACAACACCUGCAAACAUGGAUCUAUCUGUGCUCCUUCUAGUAACUUCUCGUACAAAUGUAUUUGCCCGUUAGGAUGGGGUGGGAGGUACUGCGCCAAAGAAAUGACCCCAGAAACUGUCAAGUUUGUUGGGAAAUCAUACAUUAAAUAUUGGGAUUCCAGGUAUAACACAAGAAACCUUAAAUAUGCACAGGUUUCUUUCAGCUUCAGCACCAUUUCUAAUGAUAGUUUGAUUCUCUGGAUGGGAAAGGCUGAGAAGGAAGAUGAUGACUACCUCGCAGUUGGACUCGAGAGAGGACACCUCAAAGUUGCAGUGAAUCUUGGGGAGAGGCUUUCCCGCCCAAUAACUUACAGAAAUCUCUCACUCUGCUGUAACAAAUGGCAUAAUGUGUCCAUAUCUUUAAACAGCACAGUUAUUCAGGUGUUUCUGAAUAGUACGAGAAUCAUCUUUGAAGAUACAGACACAUUUGAGCGUUAUGUGGCCUUAAACUUCGGUGGCCAGCUUUACUUUGGAGGGUUUGAAAUGUACAGGAAUGUAUCAACCGUCACCUCUGGGUUGUUUUCAAAAGGCUUUGAAGGAAAUCUCAGAAACGUUUAUUUGUUUAAAGACACAAAGCCGCUGCAGUUUCUACAGAAUAGCGAGGGUUUUAAUGUUUAUGAUGGAAAUGCUAAGUAG